AACAACAGUUGAUGUAGUGAGAAGAGAGGAAGCUCUGCAGGAGGGGCUUCAGGGAGGGCAGCGUGAGCCUAAAUGUAGCUAGAUGUCACUCAGCAUAAUCACACCUUUGGAGUUCGCUGUACUGCAGGGCCGGUGUUAUCUGCAGAUGACCGAUGCCUGGAAACCUUUUAGAGGUGGAAAAGCUAUGCAGACGUGACAGAUGUCUGAACAUCAGCACGGGAAGCUGGAGAGAGGGCAGGAGAGCGAACAAAAGCCUUUGAAUAAACAGAAGAGUGAACAGAGUGCCCGUGCCAGUGCCUGGGUGAUACGAAAGCUAAAUCAGCAUAUUCACAAUAAAUCUAGGGUUGGGAAAUUGGAAAGUCAGGAUCCAAAACAGCUCUGUGCAUCAAACAUACCUGAAUUUAAUUAUUCGGAAGAGGACAAUCCAUUAAGAAGAACAGCCUCAGAGCCAAUUCUGAAGCUGCGACCAAAGAGAAGUGCAUCGGGAAGACAGAACCCACUGCAGCGUAAAACCAGUGCGCCCCCUGCUGUCAGAGCAUCUGACUCUAUGGGGGGAUCCUCCAGUUCUGCUCCAGUAUCCAUAAGAAGUUCACCAGCAGACAAAAAAAUGAACCGUCAAGAGCCACAGAUUUAUAGCACAUCAUCACCACACCAGGAUGAAUCUCCUGUACACAUUGGUGUUCAGAACACCAUGCUCUGGACUAGAUAUGAACAGCCGGUCUUUGCCUUGCAUUCACCUGUUCUUCCAGUUCCUGGGCAGUGGACGAUGAUGUCUCAUAAGCCUUUGAACAAAUCCCAUUCGGCUCCUUCUUUCUUCCAGCACAUCCACACUCAGACUUUUAUGAUUACACAUCCCAUGUACCAACAGCAAUGGCCACAGGAGGGGUUCCAGCAACACACUGAGACAAAUGUACAUUUGCACGCAAACACACAGAGCUCUUUUUCACAUGCUCAUUGUAAGGUACCUCUUCACACGGUGCGGCCUGUGUCCUCUGGAUCACUGAGAAAAGACAGAGAGAGAACAAGAGAGGACCUACACAUACCGUCUCAAUCGCCACAUGAUGAUCACUGCAGUAAUCAACUGGGAGUACCGCAACACAGCAAAUGCUGUGAUGUUCAAAAAAAUAUAUAUCACCGGAACCUUACACGUGUGCAUUCCUCUCCAGGCACCUUUGACAGAAGUCUGCCUUUACAUUUAUCCUCACCUCUAGCCCGGGAUGUCAGGAGACCAAACUAUACAACAGGUUUGGUGUUUGACUAUCAGAUGCUGAAACAUGAGUGUGACUGUAAAGAUACCAGUUUUGAUCCUGGGUAUGCUGGCAGAAUUACGAGUGUCUGGUCAAGACUGCAGGAGUGUGGCUUCAGGAAUCGGUGUAAGUUGGUUAAAGGCAGGUCAGCCACGUUUGAGGAACUACUGUCGGUCCAUUCAGAACAGCUUAUUCAUUUGUAUGCUGGGUUCUCAGAAAGAACAUCUUCCAUUCAAUAUCAAAGUCAAACAGACCAUGAUAUGGUGUUGAAUAAUUCCUGCAGUGCAGCAGUACUGAAGAUGUCAGUGGGCAGUGUGAUUGAGCUGGCUUUCCGUGUGGCUGGAGGAGAGCUAAGGAAUGGGUUUGCUGUGGUCACACCACCAGGACACCAUGCAUCACAUUCUAAAACAUAUGGUUCCAGCAUCUUUAAUUCUGUGGCCAUUGCUGCUAAACAGCUUCAGGAGCGAUUGAAGGUUAAAAAGAUCCUUAUAGUAGAUUGGGAUGUUCAUCAUGGUAAUGGAACCGAGGAGAUAUUCUACACAGAUCCUAGUGUCCUCUAUAUAUCCCUGCAUCGCUAUGACAAUGGUUCUUUCUUCCUUGGAAAUGGACAACCCACCAGGGUAGGAUCAGAUAGAGGGAAAGGCUAUAAUGUAAACGUGGCAUGGUCAGGAGGCCUGAAUCCUCCAAUGGGAGAUGCAGAAUACCUAGCUGCAUUCAGAACGGUAGUGAUGCCAAUUGCUCAUGAGUUUUCCCCAGAUGUGGUCCUGGUUUCAGCUGGUUUUGAUGCUGCUGAGGGUCACCCAGAGGGUCUGGGUGGAUACAGAGUCUCAGCAAACUGUUUCGGAUUCUUGACCCGGAAGUUAAUGGAGUUGGCUGAAGGUCGAGUGGUGCUGGUGUUAGAGGGAGGUUAUAACCUCGCAUCCCUCUGCGACGCGAUGCAAGCCUGUGUCAGCACUCUCAUGGGAAAUGAGCCUGAGCCUUUAGAUGAGGAGGAAUUAGUGAGGAAACCCUGUACCAACGCAGUCGAGUCUCUGCAGACAGUUCUACGUGUUCAGAGCAGGUACUGGCGAUCAGUGAGGUCUAUGGUAAAUACUGUGUCUCUGUCCUACGUGAAUGCGGAGAGGAGAUACUCGGCAGGAAGUGAAGCUGCUUUAGUCCUGGAAGGCCUUCAUAUGACUGUUCCAAGCAGCAGCCGUUUCCUAAAUGAGCCUAUGGAGCAUGAUGAAGCUGAUUCGUUGUAGAAGCCAGUCUGUCUUAUUUCUGGAAGGCUUUAUACCUCUCCAAGCAGAAGCUGGACAUCCAGUGCUGUAACAGACUGUGAUAUUACUAUGGUGACUGCAGUGUUGAGACAAGAGGCAAUCCUCAGGAACUUGGCUGAACAAGAAAAGUUCACUGUCACGUCUCGUGAGUGAUUUAUUGAAAUGCUGAGUCAUUUGUUUGAUGACAAAGGUUUUACUCAUGAAGCCUCUGUGCAAUGUCAAAUAAGGAUAACACAGACAGGAAGUGAAAAUUUAUGAGAACCAUCCUUACCCAGGAUUUUUUUUUAAGUGACAAAACAUUUGGUUAAUACACUACCUUUCAAACAUUUGGGGUCAGUCAUUUUUUCAAACAUUCAGCAAGGAUGCAUUGCUGAUCUUUUGAAAUUUUAAUCACCAAAGAAAGGUUUUCAUCACUGGCAGUAACACAUGUUUCUUAAACACCAAAUCAGCAUAUAUCAGAAUGACUGCUGAAUAUUCAACUUUGCCGGAAUAAAUUACAUUAUAAUAUAUAUAUGUAUAUAUAUUCAUAGAAAACAGUUGCAAUAAUAUUUCACAAUAUUACUGUUUUUACUGUAUUUUUGAUCAAAUAAAUGCAGCCUUGAUGUGCAUGAGGCUUCUUUCAAAAACAUGAAAAAAAUAUUUUUUUCAUGUUUUUGAACUGUAGUGUAAAUUGUUACUGUUUAAAUGUGGACUGGUAAAUGACUAGUUUUAGGCAUCUGUUAGUUUUACAUUCAAAUCUUUGAAAUGAUCAGUUGUCCUUGAUAACUUUAAAUGGUCUUGGCAAUUCUAAAAGCUUUUGUUAAUUGCACUUUGUAUUCAUCAGUCAUUACAAAAUCCUGAGACAUUUUGCAUUGUGUUCAAGCUAAGUUUUUGCCGUUAUUAAUAGUGACAGAUUUCCCUAAAUUAAUAUGUAUCCUUAUUUGUCAAGUAUUUAUAUAGCAAGCAUAAAGAAAAGCGUAGAGUGCUGUGUCAGUUAGGAUAAAAUUAAUUUCUGAGAAUAUUUUAUUUCCUUUUUAUUACCAAGAUGGUCUAG